AUGUCUUUGAGCAUUAGCACCAUGUAUCAGGAAUACUUUGAAGUCUAUCCGCUACAGCGGAUUGUGGCAUAUGUCAUUGCCACCCUAUUACCAUUCGUCGCGCUCUGGUUGGCCAAGGCAAAGUCCGAAGUGCCUAUUCUAAAUCCCAAGAGGCGUUUUGAAGCAACUUCUUCAAGAGUGCGACAAGAGUUCAUUGCCGACAGCAUUGAGAUCAUGAAGGCAGGUAGAGCGCUCUACCCCCACGAACCGUACCGAGCAUAUACCGAUUUUGGUAAUGUUCUGGUAUUGCCACCGGAAUUGCUUCCGGAACUCAAAAGUCACCCCAACCUUGACUUUUUGACGCCCGCACAAGAUGAUGGCCAUGCAUAUGUGCCUGGUUUCGAACCAUUUGGCGUCGAUAAUAAGACGCCCUUUGUCAUCACCAAAUAUCUUACCAAAGCUCUAACUAAACUGACGAGAGCACUCUCCAAAGAGGCGACAUUUGCACUCCGGGAGUCUUUGACUGAUUCUCCAGCUUGGCAUGAGAUCAACCCGGCCCGAGAUAUCCUGAGCCUCAUAUCUCGCUUAUCUUCACGUGUCUUCAUGGGCGAAGACUUGUGCCGAAACAAGGAUUGGAUAGAAGCUUCGUCCAAGUACACUGCCAUGGCCUUUUCAAGCGGUGAUACUCUGCGUCAGUGGUCUCGUCCCCUUCGCCCAAUUGUCCAUUGGUUCCUCAGUGACUGCCGGGAGACACGUCGACAGCUCAAUGUUGCGCGCAGCGUCCUUCGCCCCCUGUUAGAGCAACGCCAGAUUCAAAAACGUGAAGCAGAGGCACGCGGAGAGACGCCCUCAGUCUUUAACGACUCUCUUGAAUGGUUUGAGAAGGAAUAUAGCAAGGGCUACGACCCUGCGACCUCCUAG